AUGCUGCUUCCCUCCCUCUCUCUCCUCCUCCCUCGCCGCGGCCGGAGGAGCGCGCAGGCGGCGGCUGGCAGCCCCGGGCGGUUUUGGAGGCUUGCUUGCCAGUCACUGCGUGCUGACGCCAUGGCACUGAGGCUCCCGGGAACGGAGUCGCUCUCUCUCGUUAGCCUUGGAGUCCUAGUCCUGGUUUUGGCUCUCCCUGCUGAUGCUGGGCUUUCUCAGAAGCAUGUUUCAGAUGUCGUCGAUGACAGCAAAGAUAACAUCACCAUUUUCACCCGCAUCCUGGACAGGCUGUUGGAUGGAUACGACAACCGCCUGAGACCCGGCCUUGGAGACAGCGUAACUGAAGUCAAGACAGACAUUUACGUGACAAGUUUCGGCCCUGUCUCGGACACAGAUAUGGAAUAUACUAUUGAUGUCUUUUUCCGGCAAUCCUGGAGAGAUGAAAGGCUGAAGUUUGAUGGUCCUAUGAAAAUACUUCCCCUGAACAACUUGCUGGCCAGUAAGAUCUGGACUCCUGAUACCUUCUUCCACAACGGGAAGAAAUCUGUUGCCCAUAACAUGACAACACCCAACAAGCUGCUGCGUCUGGUGGACAAUGGCACCCUCCUGUACACCAUGAGGCUAACGAUUCAUGCAGAGUGCCCCAUGCACCUGGAGGACUUCCCAAUGGAUGUGCAUGCUUGCCCGCUGAAAUUUGGGAGCUAUGCCUACACAAAGACAGAGGUGAUCUAUACCUGGACACUGGGGAAGGAUAAAUCAGUGGAAGUAGCGAAGGGUGGAUCUCGCCUGAACCAGUAUGACCUGCUGGGCCAUGUUGUUGGGACAGAGAUGGUUCGAUCCAGCACAGGGGAGUAUGUCGUCAUGACCACACACUUCCACCUCAAGAGGAAGAUCGGGUACUUUGUGAUCCAGACCUACCUACCCUGCAUUAUGACGGUCAUCCUGUCCCAGGUCUCCUUCUGGCUUAACAGGGAGUCCGUUCCUGCCCGAACGGUUUUUGGUGUCACCACUGUCCUCACCAUGACCACACUAAGCAUCAGCGCAAGAAACUCGUUACCUAAAGUGGCGUACGCGACGGCCAUGGAUUGGUUCAUAGCCGUCUGUUACGCCUUUGUGUUUUCUGCGCUGAUCGAAUUUGCCACUGUCAACUACUUCACCAAGCGCAGCUGGGCUUGGGAUGGCAAGAAGGUGCUGGAGGCCCAGGAGAUGAAGAAAAAAGAGCCAGUGGCACUAGCGAAGAAAACCAACAACACCUACAACAUUGUUGGCACCACAUAUGCCCUCAACAUUGCCAAGGACCCUGGCCUGCCCACCAUCUCCAAGAGUGCUGCUGCCUCUGCUACUGCCACCAACGUACCCCCCAAGAUGCCCCGCAUAGAGGAGAAGCUCGCAGAGAGCAAGAAGACAUACAACAGUGUCAGCAAGGUAGACAAGAUGUCCCGCAUCGUCUUUCCAGUCCUCUUUGCCAUUUUCAACUUAGUCUACUGGGCCACAUAUGUAAACCGAGAGUCAGCUAUCAAGGGAAUGAUCCCCAAACAAUAA